AGGAUAUAGCGGGUUGGAUAAUGAAUGGAUAUUUAUGGAUUAUUUAUUCUAUUUGGGGUUAUGAAGGAUUAGUGUAAAUAAUUAUUUUGGGGCUAUAGGAAUUUUAAAACGUUCUCUAAUCAAAUAAUCCAAUGACACAAUUAUUAACACACUUCUUGACAUAAAUACUUUAGCUUUUUAUCGGUGAACUAUUGAGAAGAUGGCAAAUUUGCAGCUUUCCUUUUACUUUUUUGUGGAUUAUACUUAUCUGAACAGCGGUGGUCGAAUUUCAGUAGACAAAUCAAGAGGACGAUCACCUACAGAGCCUAUGGUUUUUAUUAAAUAUAUAAAAGUGAUCAAAUAAAGUUUUGAUGGACUGAAAUGAAUUUUAAACAACCGAGUCUGUCGUCAUUUGCUGAUGGAAAGUAUAUUUAAAUACAUAUCCAGCCACAGAUGAUUUGAUUUCAGUCAUAAACUAUGAGGAAACUGCUCAGUGUUAACUACAAGUAAAUGCUUACAAAUACACGGGGCCAUCAAAGCACCUCAGUAAGGCGUCUGUAAUAUGAAAAAUAUAAGUUAGGCCCUUUUAUAUGCAUAAAGAUGAUUAUUUAAUUUCAAUAACAAUUCAUAUAAAAAAUCUCAAUUCAACUAUCAUAUAUCUGGGCUAAACAAAGGUGAAUAUAAACCAGAACUUUUUCUUCCAAGCAUCCGUAAAUCGCUGGUAUAAAGAGGGCGCGUGUAUGAAAGCGAGAGCGACAGUCCCUGAGCAAAACGAGGGUUUGAAGAAAGCCAAAGUGGAAAUCCGAAUCCAUUGUCAUUUCAAAGCGCCUCUCAGACGUGUGUGAAAGGAUUCCUUUCGUUUUGUCAGCGCAGACCUCCUCCCCCAGCCACUCUGCCUGCAUCAUUCAAUGAGCCAGCGAGCUGGAAAACUCCACCUCCAAAGGAACGAAAUGAACAAAAGCCAACGCGGAAUAUAAAACGAAUCCUUUGACACAUACUAUAAACAACGAAAGGUGACAUCCAACAACCACCGAAUCUCAGCUUCUAUAAAUAACACCCUCCUCGAAGAAACAGCAAUCGUUUGAAGUGAUCUGCGUAUUUUUGCAGAGAAACGCGAGGAGAGCCCAGCGAGCGCAUCCCGAGUGAACGGACCGCUAGAAUGCCGCUCGCUUCCGUUCGCAGUCGCUAACACGGAGUGACAACGAGUCCCUCUCGUCUUGUGACAUAAUUUGUCGAUCAAGAGCCGUCGUCGGACGUGGAUUCAAUGAGUAAUGAACCCUGCAGGAUUUCCGUCUCACUCCUGUCGCUACGAUCCGAGUGAAGGUACCCCGUAAGACGGUCGCCGUUCUCCAUGUAAAUGUAGCUGCUCAUAAACAUAUCUGCGGACGAGCAGGGUUAAAAGCGGCGGGGAGGAGGAGUGGUUUAUGGCAAAUAAGACAGCGUUUUAUGGUGUUGGGGAAAGAGUCUCAUCUUCAAAUGUAAAGCAAGUUCGGCACAAGCAGAGCUCAGUGCUGCGCAAUGUCAUCUGCGCUUGUACACAGUGCACGGAGCCGAACGGAGGAUGUAAGAAGAAAAAGAAAAAUCGCGAUGUGCAUGAUGUCCGCCUGCUGAAGUGACAAAAAACAUUCCAUAAAUGAAUUACCCGUUCGGCCAGUUAAAUAGAAAGGUCGAUAACUCGAGUCGAUUGCCACAAUGCCGCGUAAGUUACAAUCCGGCAGCUACAGAUGUUUUAAUGAUCAUUGCGUGCACAGCAUCCAACUUUACUGUAAGUAGCGCCGAGCCGCCUGCAUGAUAAUGGCUAUUGUUUUCCUUUUGUUUUCCCUUCCAGAUGGCCUUUUCCUAUGCAGAUUCUUUUUGUCAAUUCGUUAUUCAACCUGUCCUUAAUUAAUUAUAGAUGAUUCAUGUCCUUGGCCUGGUGGGGCUGCCAUUUAAGCGCUCGAAAUGGUCAGGCGGUGAGCCGCUGCAUGGGACCGCAGGUUUUGCGGGUUAGAGCCUGUGGUAAAAGCUUAUUAAACGCAGAUCGCUUCGCUUCACCUCCUCCUUCUUCUUCUUCUCCUCCUCCUCCUCCGCAAGCAACAGCAGCAACGCGGCGUCGGCGGUAGAAGUUGUUUGAGGAGGUGGGCUCUUUCCAAUUGAAGCGCCGUCGGAUCAUGGCUAGGCUGCGCAAGAAAGCGUGUGUAGCUCUCUUUCUCUUCACGCUGUUCAUUUUCGGGACGAUGAUGGGUUUGAGGACACUGAAACCGAGCGACGGAUUUUCCGAUUUAGCCCCGGGACUGGAGCUCAUGCCCCUAGCAGCCGACCGGAUGGAUCGGCGCUCGGUGUCCAGCGACGUGCUCGCCUCCUCUGCCCACGGUAACGCCGUCGCUAACACCAAAAUCGUCUACGCCAACUCCGAUUCGGAUGGCAGCAUCUACUACGAUAUCCACAUUUUUUACUAUGUCUGGUACGGGAAUCCUAGAGUGGACGGUAAAUAUGUACACUGGGACCACGUGCUCGUGCCGCACUGGGACCCCAAAAUUGCCGCGAGUUACCCUAAAGGCAGACACAUCCCACCGGAGGACAUCGGUUCCAGUUUUUAUCCCGAACUGGGGCCCUACAGCUCGAGGGAUCCAGCUGUAUUGGAAUCUCACAUGGAGCAACUUCGAGCGGCGGCUGCAGGUGUCUUGGUUUUAUCCUGGUAUCCCCCAGGUGUAGCAGACGACAAUGGAGAGCCAACGGAGGACUUGGUCCCGGCCAUACUGGAUUCUGCUAACCGCCGCAACAUCAAGGUGGCAUUUCACAUCCAGCCAUACAAGGGAAGGACUGACCGUACUGUCCAUGACAACAUCAGAUAUAUUAUAGACAAAUAUGGAAAACAUGGAGCCUUCUACCGAUACAAAUCGAGCACCGGCAAGAACCUUCCUUUGUUUUACAUUUAUGACUCCUACUUAACACCACCUGAAUCUUGGGCAAACCUUCUGUCCUCCUCUGGAUCCCACAGUAUCCGUAACACACCAUAUGAUGGUGUCUUCAUUGCACUAAUUGUGGAGGAAAAACACAAACAUGAUAUACUUUCUGGAGGUUUUGAUGGCAUGUAUACCUAUUUUGCAUCCAAUGGAUUUUCUUUUGGCUCAUCUCACCAGAAUUGGAAGGCUAUCAAAACAUUCUGUGAUGUAAACAACUUAAUGUUCAUACCUAGUGUUGGCCCAGGAUACAUUGAUACAAGUAUACGACCGUGGAACAAUCACAAUACAAGAAACCGUGUCAACGGCAAAUACUAUGAAACCUCUCUUCAGGCUGCACUCAUGGUACGGCCAGAAAUCGUCACCAUAACAUCAUUCAACGAAUGGCACGAAGGAACUCAGAUUGAAAAAGCGCUGCCUAAAAAGACGCAGACGCGCAUGUAUCUAGAUUAUCUGCCACACAAACCAGAAUUAUACCUGGAACUCACACGCAAAUGGGCCGAGCAGUUCAACAAAGAAAAGGAGCAAUGGCUCAUGUAAAGAAAGACAUCUGGUUAGAAUUCAAAGAAGCAAAACAGACAGGGUGUCCAGAGCAGAUAUUUUGCUGUGUAGUAUGAAAUGAUCGUCAGCAAAACUAGAAUUUGAAGACCAGGAACUUUAGUAAGAAGUCUCCUGCAAAGAAGAUGAUGGCGCCUGAAAUAUAUAUGCAGCCCUUUGAGAUUGUCUGUAUGCUUUUACGAUGAUUAGAGUAGGUGGGGUGGUGGAAGAACAAUAAGAAGACAUUACCACUUCAGUCUUUAUAAAAUCUCUUAAGUAAAAGAGCAAAAAAGGACUGAACUGCUUUUCCGAGACACAAGGAAACAAGUGACGAGAGUUUGCCUGCUAACGUAUAAAAUCAUGUUUUUGUUGAGGAAAAGAAUAUAAAAUAUGAAAAUGUGAUAACGAAAGCUGCGAUCAUUUAGUUACAGUAUGUUAUCCCUUAAAUGGAUACAUUUAAUAGAAAUGUAUUUGUACACAAUUGAAAAAUGACAUUUAAACUAUUCUAUAUCAUGAAAGUAUUUGUUUGAGCUACUAAAUCUGAACAAAGCAAAGCAAAUUAGCAGACAUUUAACCUGUUGUAAAAAAAAAAAACAAAAUGGUAUCUACUGUGAACAAAUAAGAGAAAUCAGCAUUAUAAUAAUUCAAUACAGUAUUACCCGUUUGUAUUUAUCACAAUAACGUCAUUGAAAACAAAUACUCCUUAACCUUUGGUUAUUUUUGCUCUUCAAACGAGGUAACGUUUCUUGUAUAAGGAUUGCUGUGACAUACAGUUGACCAUCUCUGCAUUUCAAUGCAACGCCCUGAAGUGUGUCGGUCAUUUAUUGAAUGUUGCUGAGGGUUCUGAGCUUAACUCUUGUUUUUGGUACCAACACUGGAUACUAUUUAAAAAAAUGUAUUUAAAAUGUUAUUUAUAAUAGUUUUGUGAGAAGAUCAAUAAAUAAGCUUAUUUAAAUAUAACUAAAGAUGAUAUAUUGGACAAUUUUAAAAAUAAAGUGUUAUUUACCUUUA